AUCCAUUGAAAAGCUGUGUGCACUAGGACCGGGGGAAGUUCUUUUUGGUGGAGGAGGAGGGGGCUGGUAAUUGAGUUACCGGUGGAGUUGGAGGAGGCGCUGUGGCCAUCUUAAGGCAGAGCUUAUCUGAGUGAGGAACAGAAGAGCCAGCGAGUUGCGAGCAGUACGUUUACACACACACAUAGACACGCAGCUCUAUGUGUUUAACACAGGCGCGCACAGAGGUAGAGCUACACAGACACAAUAGCUGCAGCGCACAGCAGCUCAUAAAUCUACUCAGGUCUGUGGAGUACAUCCAAAUCUCAGGCGCUCACUGACUGACUGGUGCUCCAGCCUCGCUGUCUUUCUUUCCACCUGGUUUAUCAUCAAAAGCCCGACGAAACGUGAAAGAAAGAUUCAUGAAGAGCGGACGAUCGUGUUUUUGGUGGAGUGGGCGAGUUUGUUUAAACAGGAUAGACUUGAGAAGACACACGCUUUAUCUGCCCGGCUCUGCAAUUUAGUACGGAAAUUGAGUACAAGGAUCUGACUUUAAGGUGUUUUUGUAAAAAACAAAAAAAAAUCCCCCAAAAGAUGGAUCGAGCGCCGAAGUGGUGCUGGGAUCUUGUCUUUUCGCUGGUGUUAUUUUUAGGGGUUUUACUGCCCUUUUCAAGAACUCUGAUGUACACCAACCACUGGGCUGUGAGAAUAACCGGAGGCAAUGAAGAGGCCAAUGCAAUAGCAAGCAAAUACGGAUACAGAAACUUGGGGCAGAUUGGGUCCUUGAAAGACUACUACCACUUUUACCACAGUAGGACAAUGAAACGAUCAACAAUUUCUAUUCGAGGAACUCAUAGCUUCAUCUCAAUGGAACCAAAGGUGGAAUGGAUACAGCAGCAGGUGGUAAAACGACGGAUAAAGAGAGAUUUUAAAGCUGGAGCUCCUCAGUAUCCUUACUUCAAUGAUCCUAAAUGGUCAAGCAUGUGGUACAUACACUGCAACGAUGACACUCAUCACUGCCAGUCAGAUAUGAACAUUGUAGGUGCUUGGCGGAGAGGCUAUACAGGUCGAAAUGUCGUGGUAACAAUUCUGGAUGAUGGCAUUGAGAGGAACCACCCUGAUUUGCAGCAGAAUUAUGAUCAAAUGGCUAGCUUUGAUGUCAAUGGAAAUGACUGGGAUCCCAUGCCUCGUUAUGAUGCCAGCAAUGAGAACAAGCAUGGGACUCGAUGUGCAGGAGAAGUAGCUGCUGUUGCAAACAAUUCACAUUGCACAAUAGGAGUUGCUUACAAUGCCAAGAUUGGAGGUGUUCGCAUGCUGGAUGGUGAUGUGACAGAUAUGGUGGAAGCAAAGUCUCUCAGUUUGAGCCCUCAGCACAUUGACAUCUACAGUGCCAGCUGGGGACCAGAUGAUGAUGGAAAAACUGUGGAUGGCCCAGCAUCCCUUGCAAUACGGGCCUUUGAGAAUGGCAUCCGACAAGGCCGUGGAGGUUUGGGCUCCAUCUACGUGUGGGCAUCUGGUAAUGGCGGCCGGAGCCGAGAUCACUGUUCCUGCGAUGGUUAUACCAAUAGCAUCUAUACAAUCUCUAUUAGUAGUACAGCUGAGAGUGGGAAGAAGCCUUGGUACUUGGAGGAAUGCUCAUCAACCCUUGCUACUACUUAUAGCAGUGGAGAGUCUUAUGAUCGAAAAAUAAUCACAACUGACCUCAGGCAGCGAUGUACAGAUAGUCACACUGGAACAUCUGCUUCGGCACCAAUGGCUGCUGGGAUUAUUGCACUGGCACUGGAAGCAAACCCUUACCUGAAUUGGAGGGAUGUGCAGCAUAUUAUUGUGAGAACGUCACGCUCUGGCCAUUUGAAUGCUCCAGACUGGAAGAGUAAUGCUGCUGGAUACAGAGUGAGCCACUUAUAUGGAUUUGGAUUAAUGGAUGCAGAAGCUAUGGUGAAAGAAGCAGAGCGUUGGAAAUCAGUCCCACCCCAACAUAGCUGCGUAGAGAACCCAGACAAACAAAGCAGAACUAUCCGUCCUGAACAUCACGUGAGAGCAGUCUACAAAGCCACUGGAUGUUUAGACAACGCAAACCACCGCGUGAUUUAUUUGGAACAUGUUGUUGUCCGAGUCACCAUUUCCCACCCUCGACGAGGUGACCUGGCAAUAUACCUGACCUCUCCAUCUGGAACAAAGUCUCAGCUCUUGUCUAACAGGUUGUUUGAUCAUUCCAUGGAAGGGUUUAAAAGUUGGGAAUUCAUGACCACACAUUGCUGGGGUGAAAAGGCAGCAGGUGACUGGAUCCUUGAAAUUCAUGACAGUCCUUCACAACUCCGAAACUUCAAAACACCAGGUAAACUGAAGGAGUGGUCUCUUGUACUUCAUGGCACAUCCAUCCAUCCAUACACUUCUUUAUAUACAAGGUUAGAUCAACUGAAGGUGCGAUCAAGUCCAAGGGAAGAUGUCUCUGAUGACUAUGCAGAUGAGUACACUGGACCUUGUCAUACUGAAUGUAAUAAUGGUUGUGAUGGACCUGGGCCCCAACAAUGCAUUGAUUGUUUGCAUUACUUCCUCAAGUUUAAAAACAAUACAAGAACCUGUGUUCCUGAAUGCCCAAGCGGAUUCUUUGGUGAUGAGAAGAAACGUUGUAAAAAAUGCUGGUCAAUUUGUGAUGUAUGUGUAGGAAGCCGGAGUGACCAAUGCACAUCCUGUAAAAGUGGCUACCACUUGAAUGAAGAGACUAAUGUCUGUAUACCUAAUUGCUCAGAUAGUUUCUACCUCGAUAAAGGUGAUAAUAUGUGUAAAAGAUGUAGUGAGAACUGCAGGAAAUGUAGUGCAUUCCACCAUUGUACAGAUUGUAGACCAGGAUGGAGAUUGCAAGGUCAAAAGUGUGUUUUCAGUUGUGAAGCUGGAACUUACUUUAAUUCACUGAGCAGGGAGUGUGAAAAAUGUCAUGUAUCCUGUGCAACAUGUGCAGGUCCAGGCCAAGAGUCCUGUACACAAUGUGCUACAGAUUACUACCUGGAGGAGUGGAGAUGUGUGUUGAGUUGUAGUCUUGGCUACUAUAUAGAUCAGGCAUCUGAACGUGGCGAAAAAAUAUGCAGGAGGUGUGAUGCAAGCUGUUUAACUUGUGCUGGCCAGGGAGAAAGAAACUGCAGUACCUGUCCAAGUGGGUAUAACCUCGAGGGGGGAGUCUGUGUGGUCGGUACUGUUUGCAAAGAUGGUGAAUACAUUGAUGAUGCAGACCAGUGCCAUUCCUGUCAUCCCUAUUGUGACAAAUGUUUUGGCCCAAGCAAAGUUGAGUGCAUCACUUGUGUUGUUCCAAGGCUCUUUGACAAUGAACACUGUGUCAUGCACUGCCCCCCAGGUAAAUUUGGCAUGUAUGGACAGUGUUACCCAUGUCAUCACACUUGUAAGGAAUGUACAGGAGGUGAACCUACUGACUGCACAUCAUGUGAUAAAGAUAAAUUUGGGAAUAAUCUGUACUUUUUCAAAGGUGAAUGCAGAGAGGAUUGUCCUGCAUUUCACCACCCUGCUGCUGAUAAUGUCUGCAGUCCAUGUUCCAGGAACUGUGAAGUAUGCAUUGAUAGUAAACACUGUGUAAAGUGUUCCUCAGGCUAUUACCCUGACUCUGACGGAUGCCAACAGCUAAACUGUGGAGGAGGUGAAAUUGAAGAUCUUGACAAUGAAGAUUGUGUGCAGUGUGCAGAAGGAUGUGAGAAAUGCACAUUAGAUGAUCCAAGACUAUGUACAUUGUGUAAAGGGGGCUACUACAUUUUUCACCAACGCUGUUAUGAGACUUGUCCAGCCAAAACAUUUAAAAGUGAAUCUACGAUGGAGUGUAGACUUUGUCACGAGAAUUGUAUUGACUGUGAUGAAGAACGAUGCUAUUGGUGUGAGACUGGCUUCUUCCUCUCAGAGAGUCAAUGUGUGCAAACUUGUCCAAGUGGUUACUAUGGUAAUGAAGAUAGUGCUGUUUGUGAGAGUUGUUACCCCAGAUGCAGUAUGUGCCAUGGUCCCAGCUUUGAUGAUUGUGAUAUUUGUGAGAGCUCGUAUAUAUUACAGAAUGGAAAAUGCAUCUCUGAUCUUUCAAUAAGCUGUAAACAAGGAACCUACUGGCAAGAUGACACAGGCACCUGUCAAACCUGUAAUGAUUUGUGCGGGACGUGCACAGGAGGUGAAUCGAAUGAAUGCACCAGCUGUCCUUCAGGUCUUUACCUAAAUGGCCAAGUCUGUGUUAAUGACUGCCCGAAACAAACCUUUGCUAGCCUAAUCAAUGAAAAAUGUGAGCCUUGUGAAGAAGGCUGUGAGAUCUGUUCAGGAAACAAGAAUAACUGCCACCAAUGUAGCACACGACAACAUCGUCCACUUUACCUGCACAUGGGGAGAUGUUUAAGUGAAUGCCCAAUGGGAUACUUUGAAAGUAAAGACAGUAUUUGUGCAAAGUGUGAUGAUGCAUGUGAGAGUUGUGAAGAUACUCCUACAAACUGCCAAUCUUGCGUCAGGCCCUACGUACUAGACAACAACAGUUGUCAAAUGAAAUGUUCCAGAAAACAUUAUGCCACUGCUCAAAGACUUUGCAAACGCUGCCCUGCAAACUGUGAAAAGUGCAAUGAGCACGGGUGCACAGAAUGCAGCAGAUACUUUUUCUUUCAUAAUGGCACUUGCGUACAGGAUUGUCCUCGAGGUUUCUUUCAAAACACUCAGGCCUUCACAUGCACUUCAUGCCAUCCUGAAUGCUCAGUGUGUGAUGGUCCAGACUCAGAUGACUGUGAAGGGUGCGCCAAUCCUUCUUUGAUUAUACAUGAUGGGCAAUGCUUGAAAUUCUGUCCUGAAGGAACCUACAUUGACAAGGAAACUGAAGAGUGCCAGGGGGAGCUUCAAACAUCAAUCAGGCACUUUGAUGCAACUUGCCUAUCGGGGCCUAACCAAUAUUGGGCACAGCCAAGGACUACAGAGUGUCAUAAAACAUGUCGGACCUGUGAAGGACCGGAUUCAACAGACUGCAUAUAUUGUCGAGAUGGGAUGAUAAAGAACAGACAGGGACACUGCGUAAUGCACAAGGAUUGUGCCCUGAAUAUGUACAUGGACAAGAUCUGUAAACCUUGUCACAAAAAAUGUUACCGCUGUUAUGGGCCCACAGAGGAUGAUUGCCUUAGCUGCAAUCACAAUCACUUUUUACUCAAUACAACAUGCGUGGACACAUGUCCACAUGGCUACUACACAGACCAGAAUAGACGUCAAUGCUUUGCUUGUCACAAAAGCUGUAAAACCUGCAAUGGGAGGUCGAGCACACAGUGCCUUACCUGUAAAGCAGACUGGUACAGACUGAACUUGAUGUGCGUCAAGACCUGUGGAUCUGGGCAUUUUGCAAAUGGAUCAAGUGGUGUUUGUGAAAACUGUCACGCAAGCUGCAAAGAAUGUUGGGGUCCAGGUGAAACGGAAUGUCUAAGUUGUCAGGACAAUAAUUUCCUGAUGAAAUCAGAAAACAAAUGCUUUCCGUCAUGUCCAGAACAAUACUAUGAAAAUAAAUGGGAGCAAACUUGUGAACGGUGCCACCCAACUUGUAAAACCUGUGAUGGUAAGGGACCUAUUCGAUGUACUUCCUGUUAUUGGGGCUUCCAGAUGUACGGAAGUAUCUGCAGUUCUCAGUGUUUUGCCGGAGAAUACCUGCUGUCCGAGGACCCAGAAACACAGUGCGAGAAAUGUCAUGACACUUGUCUGGAGUGUAAAGGACCAGGACCUAAUAACUGCACAGAUUGUCAUCUCGGUCUCUUGAUAAAUCUUGCUGAUGGCAAGUGUUUAAACUGUUGCAAAUCUGCUCUGCCGGAUGUUGAAGAUUGCUGUGAUUGUGACAUGAGUUUUGAUGAAUGUGUUUUAAGAAAAGCAGUUGUUGUUCCAGAUGAAACAGGAGGAGGCAAACCUGCAUUAUUUGCUGUUGUCUCAGUGCUACUCAUUAUGGGUAUUGGUAUUGGUAUCUUCCUUCUGCUAAAGACCCGUUCAAAAUCAAAACCCAUUAACAGAGGGAAAUAUGAGAAACUGCCCAAUCAAGCCAAAUCCAUCCCCGUUUAUAAUGCAAGUAAGGACAGUGUUAGCUUUCGAGAGACUCAAGCAACUGAGUAUAAAGAUCAUCAGGAUGAAAUGUAUGACGAAGAGGAUGAUGAUGACAUUGUCUACAUGGGCCAGGAUGGCACUGUUUACCGAAAAUUUAAGUAUGGACUGUUAGAUGAUGAUGAUGAUGAUGAUGAACUAGAAUAUGAUGAUGAAAGCUACUCCUUCAGAUAAAACAACACUAAUUGUAUUUUUUUCAGUACUUAUUAAUGAAAUUCUCUACUUAUUCCAUGCACUUAAUAUCCCAUCAAUUGAAGAUACUGAAAGACUAUGUUUUUCUGGGAUCAGUGUCUGACAAUUUUCUGUUUCAAACAAUGCACUGACAAACAUGUAAUCGAAGCUUGUGAGCCCUAUCCUGAACAAAUACAUUUCUCAAAAUGUUUAUCUAAUCACAUUUCUAAUAAUAAAUAUUGUGUACAUUGACACAUUAAUGUUAAUUAAUGAUGGACUAAGUUAAAAAAAUUAAAUUGCUGUAAAGAUUAGAAUUCAUACAUAAAGAGUAAUAACCAUUAUAUGAAUUGUUCAAAUUGCACUCCUCAAAUUAAGAAAGCUAAAUGUUUUUAUCUUUAAAUUAUGGUUGAGUUCCUCUUUGAGGUUGAAAAUUGCUGUUAUAUUGCUGGAACUGUGAAAAUAUUAUUCCAAUGUCACUACCAUGAUUUGUGGCUCAAGAGUUAUUAGCUGCCUAUAUUGUUGCCGAGGUUCCUAGAAGGCAAGGAUAAUCUGCAAAAGCUUUUAAUAACAUACUAGCAAUGCAGCUUUUCACUUUCAAUAGAAGCAAUACAGGUAAGAGUAAAAUAAAAUAGGUCAUUCUGCAAUAGAAUUUCAGUAUAUUUUAUAUGGACAAAUUGAAUUGGGAAGUUAUCCACAAGUCUGAAAUAUCUGUAAUUGUGAAGUAUCAAAGACAAUUUGCAUGUACGCAAUGUCGUCAUACAUACAAAGGAAAUAUUAUUUUAUAAAGCAAAGUACUCAAUAGUACACCACAGCAGAACUAAACAUGCUAUAUUUUAUUAUGGAAAGUUAUGAGAGUUGAAAAAUACAAAUCUCUUGAAACUGCAAUGCUUGCCACAUUGAAGUGUGAGUAACUGAUUACUGCUUAGCUCUGAGCUAACCACAGUUUGCUUAGAAAAAUACAAUAGCAAGCAUUCGUGUGUUAAAAUGCUCCACUUGUUACAGAGCAAGUUCCAAACAUUGUUUAACUGACUGAAAUCAAACAAUAACAAAAACUGUCAGGCUAUUUGAUUGCUUGGGAGUAAAAUUGUGUUUUUUUAAUUGAAUAAGUUUCUCAAAGUGUCUAUUUAUAUGUCCCAGCAUAUUUAGUUAGCACAUGAGGAAUAUGUCUUCUUUUUGUUUGGAGUUCCUGUUCAUUUAGAUUAUGGGUAAAUGUAGAUAUGUUUGUAUUUUUCUUUGCCUAAAGAUAAAAUAUUUUUGAGUUGACAAGCUCAAUUUGAAAGUAGAAUAUUUAAUUUCAGUUAAGAAUUUACAAAAAUGAAGUGCAGCUACAUUGAACCAUGAAUGAGUGAAUAAUUAUAUUUGAUGGGAUCUACUUUUUUUUGUGUGUUAAAGAAAUUUUAUGAUGUUUAGUUUCUUGCUUUGUAUCACAUGAAGAGUGCAAAAAUGGGGUCACAUCAUUAGCAUUCUGUCCAUAUUCGUGGAUCAUUUAGAAUGUUGCUAAUUGUGUCCCUGAAACUUAACUGGCAGAUUUCUUGAUUUUCAAUGAUCUGGAAAGCAAGAAUUCAUGAUUCUCAAUGCAGACUAAUGGCUAAUCAUGAACCAACAUUAUUGGUAUUAAAGGAUACAGGGUUCACCAAUUUUCUUCUGCUGCAGAGAAAUAUGUGGUGUUUAACAACCUUACACAAGUAGAAAAUGAAAAAAAAAUAGUCACUAAUGGUCAAAGAUAGUAUCUGUUUUGCCUGAGAUUAAUGUUUGUUAAAAUGAACAUUCUUCUGUCUUCAAGAGGGUUGCAGCGCCAAUAUCUUAGUAGGCAUUUUGGGAAUAUUAGAAAUGAAAAGCAGUUGUUAUCUAAACCUUUUAUUGGAAUUAAAGAAAAAAUCUGAUAAAUUGCAUAAUAGUCAAAAUCUACAAUAUUGAGACCAUGCUGUACUCAUUGAUGAACAUUCCACAGACUUAACUAGAUGUUAAUGCCUCUCCAAAAAGACCUUGCUUUCUUAGGUGUUCCCAAUAAAAUGCCUAAGAAGUGUUUCAAAUUUGAAAUGUGUAACAUUAGUAUAGAAGUAUGACCAGUUGAAAAACAUUCCUAUCUAAUUUGGCAUAGCAAAAGUUCUAUCAAGGGAAUCAAAUGCUGAAAAUUGAUUUUCAUAAUCCUAAAAAGAUUAUAUUUUUAAAAUACUAAAGAAGGAAACAAACUGCAGAAAAGGCAUUUUCAUUCCAAUACUAGCACCCUAUUUCGUUAACAGUAGGUUAUAUUCAAGGAUGCUCCAUAUGAAAAAAAGUAUCUGAAACUUAUAAAAUGGAUCUACUAUAUGCAAAUUAAAAGCAGAAGAGGGAAUUAUCAAGUUACUUUCUCAUUUAAAAUUAUACGUAACUAAAUUAUGCACAUAUCUUGAAUCUGACUCUUUAUAAAUUGUUGAUAAAUUAAAGCUAUGCUGAUUCAUAAGUUAGUGGUUUAGCACAGCACUUGAAACACAUUUCAUUAAAUCAUAAGGAUGUUCAAAGGAAAUUCAUUUAAAUUUAAAUGAAUUUUAAGCUUUCUGUUUAAUAGCUAAUCCAGUGUUUUAUAAUGAAUAGAUAGAGAAAUGUCAUCUACUGAGUUAUAGUCUAUGCCUUGAUCAUUUGGAAAGAUGCCAAUACUUUACUAUGGAAAUCUUUGAAUACCAAUGUAAGUUCAAUAUGACCUAAUACAUUUAUACUUAAUAAUUUAGAUUGAUUAUUUGAUUGCUAUACUCUAAUUUAAUAACUUGGGUAUUGUGCAUAAACAAUUAACUUGUUUGAGCCCUAAAUAUAAAUUAACUGUAUGUCUGACACAAAGAUCAGCAUACAUAUUUCCUGAUAAGACUGAUAAUGAACAGUAGUGCACAUUUUUUUCAAAAUUAUACCUCGUAAGUUUGGCAUUGAUGUAAUUUUCAUUUGAUACUUAAGUGGUUUGUAUUUGAUUAAAUCAGCAGAUUACAAAUUUCUAAGAUUCAUUGACAAGUAUAAGAUUGAAAUGAUUCUUGACAUUUAAAUGACUUCUGACUUUAUUGCUGUGGUUUAUGGAUGUAAUGAUGACAGUAAUUUUAAUGAUCUUUGUGAAAGCUAAAUAAAAGGAUAUUUGUACAAAGA